GGGUGAGAAUUUAUUACCGUUUUCCUCCUUGAGGUGUGAGUGUGGGGGGCCGGUGACUUUUAGAUGUCCAGGAGCCAGGGUGGGUGCGGGGGCCCCAGGUAGGGCUGAUUCUUGGGCGGAGGAGGGUGGGGUAGGGGGUUCUGCAUGAGCUCCUUAAAGGACAAAGGUAACAGAGCCAGCGAGAGAGCGCGAGCGGAGACUUUGACUUCAAACCACAGAAUUGGGGGAAGUGUGCGCGCCGCCGCCGCCGCCGUCCCUGCAGCGCUGUCGGUCUAGCCGCGGGCGUCUUCCCGAGCGCCGGGGUCCCGGGGUAGGAGGCGAAGCGGGCGAGCAGAGGCGCCGGCGGGCUGCGGCCGGCUCAAGCGGCUCACCAUGGGCUCCGGGCGCCGGGCGCUGUCCGUGGUACCGGCCGUGCUGCUUGCCCUCACCCUGCCGGGGCUGCCCGUCUGGGCGCAGAACGACACGGAGCCUAUCGUGCUGGAGGGCAAGUGUCUGGUGGUGUGCGACUCGAACCCGGCCACGGACUCCAAGGGCUCCUCUUCCUCGCCUCUGGGGAUCUCGGUCCGGGCGGCCAACUCCAAGGUCGCCUUCUCGGCGGUGCGGAGCACCAACCAUGAGCCGUCCGAGAUGAGCAACAAGACGCGCAUCAUUUACUUCGAUCAGAUCCUAGUAAAUGUGGGUAACUUUUUCACCCUGGAGUCUGUCUUUGUAGCACCAAGAAAAGGAAUUUACAGUUUCAGCUUUCAUGUAAUUAAAGUCUACCAGAGCCAAACAAUCCAGGUUAACCUGAUGUUAAAUGGAAAGCCGGUAAUAUCUGCCUUUGCUGGGGACAAAGAUGUUACCCGCGAAGCUGCCACUAAUGGGGUGCUCCUCUACCUGGAUAAGGAGGAUAAAGUUUACCUAAAACUGGAGAAAGGUAACUUGGUUGGAGGCUGGCAGUAUUCCACGUUCUCUGGCUUUCUGGUGUUUCCCCUAUAGGAUUUGAUCUCUCUGCGAUGUUGAUCCAGGGGAGGGGAGGCCCACCCCUGAGUUGUUGGAAGAUCAUUUCCUCAUCAUCGGAUUGACGUCUUUUAUUGGUUUCUCAUGGGUGAAUAUGGAUUCUCUUUAAGGAUCCUAGGCCUGUCCGAACUGAUACACAGUCUCGCAGAUGAUUUGUGUGUGUGUGUGUUUCAGUAUACUUGGAUGGGGACUCACAGCAGACAAUACCUAUCUGUGCUCAAGUGUUAACAGUUUAAAAGCUGUCUGCAAGGUUCAUUCUGAAUUUCAUUUCCUGGAAUCACUGAAUUCGUUGCAGAUGUGGCGUUUUCUUUCUUUGUUUCUAAAAGACUGGCGACCGGGUCUUAAGAAUUAGAAAACUCUCAAGUUCUGACUGCAAUCAACGGUUAGUAUGAUACUGCCAAAGAAUUGUAUGCUGUGUUGAUAUAUUGAUUACACUUGUUUUUAUUCCUUUGGAACUCGUCUCUGUUGUUCUCUUAAGGUAACUGGGAAUUGCUUUUUUCAGUGACUGGCUUUGUGUCUUCUCUACCAAUAGGGUAACGAAUGGCUUGCCCGCAAAUUUACCCUGUGAGAUCACCAACAUGACUUCCCUUAACAAAAAAGAAUGCUUCAUAGUUGUAUUUUAAUUAUAUAUGUGAAAGAGUCAUAUUUUCCAAAUUAUAUUUUCUAAUAGGAAGAAUAGAUCAUAAAUCUGACAAGGAAAAAAGUUGCUUCCCCGAGUUCUAAGUUGCUCAGCCCCCAGAACCUCCACCAGAUCGCCCUCCUCCCUGGGAAAUCGUAUACUUUCUUGCUCAGCUUGAAUUACCAUGAUUGAUAAUAACCACUUUAUUAAAAACCUGAGGGAUUUUUUUUCCCUUAGACCUGACCGCUUUAUUAACUGGAGAUGGGAUGCCCCUGUUUUUAAUUAUACCUAUUUUUCAAGCCUUCUGUUGUGUUUGGAAGUAUCAUCUGGUUUUGCCUUAAUUCCUUAAAUUGUAUAUAUUUAUCUGUUUAGCUAAUAUCACAUCCAAAUAUCCCAUAUCUAAACUUAGUGCAAUAUCUUAUUUUGUCUUUUGUACAGGUUAUAUGAACUCACAAAAUUACUUAUGUCUCUGUCAUAGAAUAAAGGUUAAUACACGUUA